AUGUCUUUCAACACUGAUAUAUCGUCUAAAUUGGAGAACAGCAGGAACAGUUUAAAGAAAAUUGCCAGAAAUGACAACACAGAAUUUUCUAAACAGAGCAUUUUGAAUGAUAUGGAGAAGUUCGUCAAGACUGUGACUACUAUGGAUGAGACCGUAUUGGUACCCAGUCGUUUGAUGAACCUGCCUCAGGAGGGGGAUGAUGACCCAUUUAGCCUAUUUGCUAUGCUGAAUGAUUUGAAGACUGAAUUGCUGUGGGCAGGGGAUGUUGAAGAACAGGUUGUGUGUGGGAGGCGCAUAUCUGAUAUUAGUGAUAGUGAGAGUGACGCAUCAAGUGCGGCUGGUGAUUCCGGUAUUGAAGGUGAAGACGAAAGAGAGUCGGCAGCUCGUGCUGCCGCUGCAUGUCGACGCCAUUUACGAGGGUUAAGGCAUUGUCUUCGCACACUGACAGCUGCUGCUUCUCACCUCACGAGAUCCUACCAAGAAGAGGUUGGAGCUCCCGUA